CCGACUGAGCCACCCAGGCACCUCUUCAUUAUAGUUUCUUGAGGUUUUAAAAUUUUCUACAAUAAUAGGGAUGAUUUUCAUAAUCAUUUGUCACAAGGCAGGUUCCCUGGAGGAAUAGCCUGAGAUAGGAAUUUGGGGUUCAUGAUUUGCAGAGGGAGCACACUGUACGAGGAGAAUGUAAGAAGUAGCAUUGUGAAGGGGAAACGGGCUUUUCAAAGAUGUGGUUCCAAGUCAAGUCUAGCCUUGAGCUGAUUUAGGGGGUGGGCGGUGGAGUGCAAAUUGAGCCAAGCGAUACCCCAAGACAGGAGGCCUGGCCUUUUGCAUGCCUGGGUUAGAGAGUCAUUGGCUGCCCCCCGUUGGUGAGGGCGUAAACUGCAGGUGGUUUUUGGGUGAGCAACUCCUUGUCAGCAGAGGGCUACUCUCCAGAGAACUGGAUUUGGAAGAGGAGCUUUAUCCGCCAGCAGGGCAGGUAAAGGAUAUCUGUGUGAGACACCAACAGUGUCUACAACAAUCACUUACAUAGUUAUUUUUAAGAAAUAAAAGAAGAAAUCAAAUCGUAAGACUGAUCCUACAGAGGCCGGCUCUUCGCGCCCUUGGUUUCUGCCAUCUACGCUUGCUGCUGGGCCACCCAUGAAAUGGUUAACCAAUGUAGAAGUCUUGGCUCUAGAUCUGAGAGAAAAUAAGAAUGGGCUACGGAAUUGCAGAUUAUCCUGUUUCUAAACAUAGAGUCUUUAUUUAAAAUAACUAUGGAAGGAAACAGUGCUUUCUUUCUAUUCCUUUUAAAAUCCGGGAUCCUUAGCAAAACAAGAGUAGAAGCUUUUUAAAUGUAUCGCUCAACUUGGAUUAUUGCUGGGUCUGAGGUUUUCACUUCUGCACCUGGCUUCUGGGCAGCCUGCCUUGCCCUGUCUUCCAAGGGCUGCCUUGCUACUUUGGUCUGGGCAACAGGGGGGCCAGAGAAGGCAGUGAGUUAGAGAGAGGUGCUUGAGAAUUCCAGGUCCUCCCCUCUCCUCUCCCAUCUCUGUGCGCUCUCUCAGGGAAUGGUCCUCAACUGCCGUGGAAUAUUCCCAUAGCCUUUGGGGACCGCCACCAUGGAGACUGGGAAUUGUAGCGUUCUGUUGCUCUGGUGACCAGUUGUCCAGAGCUUCCGCAUUGGAUGGGCCAGGGUCCUGGAAAGAGGCAGGUCUGGCUGGGCCAGGCUCGGAGGAAGGCUUUGGAGCAGGAGCCCAGAACAGCCUAGGCUUGGCUGUACUUGUGUUUCAGUGAUGACUACCCUUUCGGUGUUCAUGGAUGUGCCCCUAGCCCAGAAGCUAGAAGGCAGCUUGUUAAAGACCUACAAGCAAGACAGUUGUCCUAACAAGAUUUUCCUGGCCUUUAGAGUCUGCCAGACCAGCAAAGGCCAGUCCUGGGUGUCUUCUGUGGUGCCCAAGAUGCGCCUGCAGAUCGCCCAGGAUCCAUCUCUGAACUACGAGUACCUACCGGUGAACGGCAUGAGGUCAUUCACUGAGGCGGCCUUGAAACUCCUCUUUGGAAAGCACAACCAAGUCAUUGUGGAGAACAGGGUAGGGGGUGUGCACAUUGUUGGUGACAAUGGUGCCUUCCAACUUGGGGCCCAGUUCCUCAAAAUCUGGCGUAAAGAUUCUCAGAUAGUUUACAUUAUUUCUUCUAAAAAAGGUGAGUUAUUAUGCAAAAUGGGGAUGACAGAAGAUCCUUCCCUCCUGUUCCCGAGUCCCACCCCAUUUGCCAUCUUCACUGUUGCCCUUCUCAAUCUCUGUCAUGAGCAAGAUGGCGGACAAGCCAAUUGUGCUUGUCCUUUUCCUGUUAUCGUCCCACCUUCUGCCAGUGACCCUCAGACCCAUUCCCUGACACGUCUGCCUCCAUUUCCUCAGUACCAGCUGGAGGGGGGCUGUGUUCCCACAGAACCCUAUGGACUCGUCUUCCAGGACAUGGGCUUUACAGUUCGUGAAUACUCCUUCUGGGACUCCAAGCAGCUGUGCAUGGAUGCCAAUGUGCUCCUCAAUGUGGCGGAGCAGGCCCCGCAUGACAGUAUCUUUGUGAUUGGGAACAUUUGUGACUGCAACUUGACACAAAGUCAGUGGGCAAUGUUGAUGGCUAGCUUGAAGGUGAGCCCAACAUCUGCCCAACUUCCUUCCCUCAUGCCGUCUACCCUCUCCUCCAUCAACCUCAUCCUUUUCCCAUUCUCCUUUCUCCUACAGAACAAGCGGAUAUUCCUAUUUUUUGACAUUUCCAAUCAAGGUUUAUCCACCGGGGACCUGGAAAAAGAUACUGGAUUCUUACAGUACUUUGUGUCUCAAGGCUUUGAGUUCUUCUGCAGCCAGUCUCUGUCCAAGAAUUUUGGCAUCUAUGAUGAAGGAGUAGGGAUCCUGGUCGUGGUGGCACUCAACAACGAGCUCCUGCUCUGCGUCCUCUCCCAACUGAUGAAACUCACCCAGGCCCUGUGGCUAAACCCUCCUACUACUGGUGCUCGCAUUAUCACCUCCAUCCUCUGUAACCCUGCUCUUCAGGAAGAAUGGAAGCAGAGUCUGAAAGGGCUUGUAGAGAACAUCAUGCUGAUCAAGGAAAAGGUGAAGGAGAAGCUCCGACUCCUGGGAACGCCUGGCUCCUGGGAUCACAUCACAGACCAGAAUGGGUCCCAUAGCUAUCUUGGACUUAAUAGGCAUGCAGAAGUGAUCAGCCUCAUGGGGUUGGGCUCAGAUCCCAAAGCCUGGGAUCUGGCAAGACUAGUGGAAUCCUGCCUGGAAGGUAAAUAGUGGCUUUCCAAUAGAUUGUGAUUCUUAGGCUAGGAGGUGGGGCCUCUGUCUACAGGUUUUAUAAUUGAGGAGGAUUGCAAGCAAGUUCAUGGAGCAAGUGGAGCGAGCUUACAGAUGGAUUUAUCUUGAGUCCCUGUGUUUCCUCACCAAUCGAUGAAGAUAGAAUUUAUUCAUCCAGGUUUUCUCAAUCUCUAGAACUCUUGCUUUUGGAACGCAAGCUACUGACCUGUGGACAAUCCAAGCAGGUUCACUGAGAGUCGGGUGUGGGUAUUUUGGCCCUGGUCCUAGUGGAGAUCCCACUGACAGCCAGUAUCAACAGUUAGACAUGUGUUGAUUCCAGCCUCCAACCUUCAAGCCAUCCCAGCUGACUGACUGAAGCAGAGAUAGAGAUGAACCGUCCUGCUGAGCCCUUCCCUUAUUACCAAUCUAAGAGCAAAUGAAAUGUUGUUAUUGCUAAGAAACGACAUUUUGGAGUGAUUUAUUACACAAAUAUAGCUAUGUGGAACAAAUAUUUUGUCUUUUAAUUCUGUCUUUAUAGUUUCUUCUUCCAUGUUUUUUUUUCCCCUAAUCUUGUGAUUUUUUAAAAUUGAAGAACUGGGUCUUUUGUCCUGUGGGGUUUUCCACAGACUGAGUUUUGCUGAUUCCAUCCCAUUACUAUAAUUUAACCAUUCCUCUGUCUCCCUGUAUUUCUUGAAAAUAAGAAUUUAAGAUGAGAGGCUUGAUCAGAUUCAGGUUAUUAUUAUUCCUUAUCUUAGUAAGGUCACAUCAUUGAUGGUGGUGGUAUGUUUCAUCAAUAAACACAUGAUACUAUUUGUUUUUCUGUGGUGUUA